AUCAAGUAUUUUUUUGCCCUAUAUUUCUAUCAUUCCUUGAGCUAAUUGCGUUUAAAAAACAUGUCUGAUUAUAGAGCAAAGAAGCGCCCAUGGUCAGAUGAACGUGAACGAGGACACUGGAAGCGACCUCGCUCAGAUGAACACGAACGACGGCAAGAAGAAAAGAAACCAUUUGAUUUGAUGCCCCCCAACGAGAAAUGCGACACAUUUAAAGUGGCCUUCGACUACUACACUCCUCGAGCGCAUUUUAUCAUUUUGCCUCGCGAUAAGUCUAAACCUGGAACUGAUUACAACUCGCUGGAGCCAGGAGCAAGACUGAAGGUGGUAAAGACAGCAAUGGCUAUGGUGUCUCACUAUCAUCUUGAAAACCACGCUAUUUUGUCCCUCCAUUUUGGCUCCUGGAUAACUACAAAGAACAUGUUCCACGCUCAUGUUUGUUCUGACGUGAACGAGUAUCUCAGUGUUUACGAGAGUAAAAAGAGAGAAAUUCCCAAUUGGCCAUCGCGAGAGUACGUGACUAAACAAUGGAAGGCGAGCAAAGAUCCUAGAAAUUACGCGAUAAAUGUUCAACAAUAUCCUCUCCGAACGUAUUUCAAGGAAGAGGUUGAAGCUGUUACAGAGUACCGUCGAUCAAAGCCAAAUACAGCCGAAGCGACAUUUACCCCGUCUCCCCCGUUCACCGCUAUUCUCUAUCAUCCAUCAGAACCACGGGUUGGCUUUGCUGUCGAGAAAUCCGCGAAACCGAAAAGCGCCGAGUCUUUCCUUGAAGCCCAAGAAGCCAUAGUCAAGUUUGCAAGUCAAAACAAGCUGACGGACAUGAGCGUGAAGGGAGAUGACAAUGGAUGCCAUGUGUGUUUGGUCCUCGACGAAAAGUCGCAUGGUUUCAUUCUGGAAGACUCUCAGUUCCUAGUUGGAUAUAUUCAAAUCACUGGACUGAAGUUCUACAGAGAUCUCUGCCCACAUGACAAACGAGAUGACUGGUUCGAUAAAUUUAGCAGUAUGGAGGAUUACAAAGUGUAUACCUGAAUCUUCCAUCUUAGGUCUUCAGACGUUUAAUCGUUAAGAGACUCGUUAUAGUUCUUUGUUUUGUUUAGCCUAGUUUAGUCUAAGAAGCUGUUGUAAUUAUCUGAGUUUGCGUUUAACCAUUUGAUAGCCUUCUUUUUAGGACUUCACUGAUUGAAUUCACAAACAAUCUAAAAUAAAGGGACCUAGCCGAAUAACUUGGAAACCAGUUACUAUAGUCACUAUGAAGAAAACACGAGUCUUUGAAAACAGAUUAAAGACUCCCAAUGUAGACAUGAAAAAUGUAAAGUGCACUUAUAGUAAAGUACACGCAUGAGCUUAGUUUCUCUGAUUCCGUGAUGGAAUUAUUGAUAAUAAAUGUGUACAUCAAGAUUUCAUGAUUAA